AAAAAUAAUCAUCACUUGAACUAAACAUUCAGCUAUACAUUAAAGUGUUAAAAAUAUUUAUAACGAAAUCACCAAGACAACAUCUAAUCGAGCUAAUCUAGUAUAAAAAUUGCGCUUAAUGUUCUAUUUCUUUCAGCAAUAUACAUUCUACAAUAUGGACGUACAGAACCUUACGAGCCGUUUUGAAAGUGCAUUUAUAAAGAGCACAGAACUCGCUUUACUUCUAAGGAAUAUUAGUAAUAAAAAUGAUACCAUCAAACAACGAGAUGAUAGUAACGUCACAUUAGAAAACAAAUUAAAAGAAGCUGUAGAUAACAUUCUUAAUUAUAGAAUCCACGAGACUGAUCCGUCUUAUCGUAUUUUUAACGAAAUUAAUAAGAAACAUUUCAUAUCGACUACAUAUCUAACGAGAAUAACAGCUUUAGUGAACAAAUUAGCUGUAGCCAUCGAAAGUCUAAAUCCUAGAGAUAUUAAUACUGAAAUAAAUGACGAUGAAUUAAAAAAAAUAACUAAUGAAAUAUCGACUAUGAGUAGAAUAUUUAAAAGAAGGCCACAUGAAGCUAUAGCUUUUCAUUUUGAUGUAAUAACUGAUGUAUUGUCGACUAACAAUGACAGUUUUAGUUUAGUUCAUGCUUUAGAAGCAACAUGUAAUAAUUUAAAGAAUAAUGACACUAGUAAGGAUAUUCUAAACGAAAACCAAAGAACUAAAAACCAAAUAUGUGGCAAGGAAUACAAACUGAUAUAUGGAGCAGUGGAAAAUACCAUAGCUGAUGACUUUGAAAAUGCUAAAAAUAGUUUAUUGAAUAUGGUUAAUUUACUGCGUGAUGAUAGCGAUAAUUCUUCAGAUAUCUUUGAUUUCUUUAAAAGCAGGUAAGUCGAAAAUAUAUUUGUUUAUUUAUCAUGUUUGUUCAAUUGUACACACGGCUGCACGUCGGAUUAUCACAAUCCUAAUACUAAAAAUGUGAUACUUUGUGAGGAUGGAUGGAUGUAUAUACAUAUAUUUAUUACUUUUUCACACAAAAAACGACUGAACGGAUAUUGAUGAAAUUUGGUACACGAAUAAUUCUAAUCGUCAAAUAACAUAUAGGCUACAUUUUAUCCUUCUAAACUUUGGGUAUAAAUGUAACCAAACCAAGCUAAGCCAGUGUCGGAGAGCUAGUGUAUCAAAUUUUGACAGUUGAUUUUGUACUCCUCCCUGAGCAUAUUAAGGCUCAAAAUAAAGUAGAGAAAUUCAUCAGUUUUGUAUGACGCGCUGUUGACUGUUCUUUAAUUAAUUAUUAAAUUUAGACAACAGAAAACAUCUAAAUAUAUUACAUAAAAUAUUUUUAGAAAGAAACUUGUUAAUACACUGCGGGCUUCGGUGAAGUACGCGUAUGAUCUGGGUUUGCCGAUAUAUCUGAAGUACUUGCAAAGCAAUAUUCAGAGCUACAACGUGGUACUGAGCUUCCUGUCCGGUGGAGACUGGUGGAGUGAACUCAAGGCUAUUUAUAAUGGACCCAGGAUUAACAGCUUCUUUAAUGGGGUCGAGAGAAGUCUGGACAUUGCGAUCGAUAUCUUAACGCAACUUGAUAAAAUACAAGUAAGUAAACAGGUGGCUGUGAAUCAUCAUCUAAAUCCAAUAAUACAAAAUGUUUUUAUUUUUAUCUUUUUCCUCAUCGAAUUAAUUUGAUUUUAUUUUAUUUACAAAAAAUAGUAAAACGUCUCAGAUCUUUUACUAUUAUUAUUGAUGUGUUGAAAUUUCUGUGUGUGUGUGUUUUUUUAUCUGCAACGACGCUCUGUAUUUGGUAUCCAUAUUAUAAUUACUCCUG